CAACACCAGGAAAGCUCUGGGCAGGACCGUGGGAAGAGCUUGGACAUCUGAAUGGGCAAUAAUUCGCUUGGAAUUCAUUACAAAGACACGAAGGGACCCAAAGACAUACCAUGACGACUUUGGAUACAGUAUUAUAACAGAUGCAAGCUAGAUUUGCUUGUAUUUGGAUGCGUAGUAACUUUCGCCCGCUGUUGUCGAGUGUUAGCUCAUGUUGAUUUCCUGGUGUAAAAGAGGAGACGUUUUGUUUGGCUCAGACCCUGGAGGCAAUUUUUGUUUGCGUGGAUAAUUUGGGGAUGACUAGGAAAGAAAAUACAUUUUUGGCAUCCACGCAACAAAGAAAACCUCGUUAGCUAGCAGCCCCAGUGUUGCGUUUGAGGGUUUGUAUUGAUGUAUGAACUUUUUUUUUGAACGGUGGAGCGCAAAUGAAGAAACAAAAAACACUUCCGUUGCAUUGAAAGUGAUGGAGAAACAUUAGAAAUGGAAGAUGAACAACUUGAAAAGCUCCAAGUUAAUGUUUGUGAUUAGUAUGUCCGUCUAACCUUACUUACAAAACUCGACUUUCCGAUAGUAAUUCCAUGCCAUUUGUCCAUUUCCACCGUGGUGACUUUACGGCCCCGUGGGAAAAAUGAAAGUGCUACACUUUGUUUUUUCGCUGGUGAUUAGCAUUGGCCUUGGAUCCUCACUGGACGCGUCCGAUUGCAAAUCAUACGACGAACGCUCGAAAAGCCCACUGAAGAGCCCGGACAGGAAGGUGGUCUGCAGCAACAUGGAGCUCCAUCAGGUGUUACCGCCUGAUGCCUUUCCCAAUAGGACGGUCACACUAAUUCUCAACAACAACAAAAUUCAAGAACUCAAGAAUGGCUCAUUUGUUGGAUUGUCUACACUGGAAAAACUGGACCUGCGAAAUAAUCUGAUCAGCCGAAUAGAACCAGGUGCUUUCCUGGGAUUGCCGGCCUUGAAAAGACUAGACUUGUCCAACAACAGCAUCGGCUGCCUCAACGUAGACAUCUUUAAGGGCCUCACCAGCCUCAUCAGGCUGAACCUUUCAGGGAAUAUGUUCUCUUCGCUGGCUCAGGGGACAUUUGACAACCUGCUGUCCUUAAAGUCACUGGAGUUCCAGACAGCCUACCUGCUAUGCGACUGCAACCUCCUGUGGCUUCUGCGCUGGAUCCACGACAGAAAUGUGGCGGUCAAGAACACCAAGUGCUCGUACCCACAGUCGCUACAGGGCCAGAUGAUCACCUCCGUCAAGACAGAGCUCCUCACCUGUGAUGCGCCGCUCGAGCUACCCUCCUUCCAACUGACUCCAUCCCAGCGUCAGGUCGUCUUCCAGGGAGAUAGCCUUCCCUUCCAAUGUCAGGCCUCCUUCGUUGCUGAGGACAUGCAAGUGCUGUGGUACCAAAAUGGCCGCAUGGUAAUGCCAGAUGCCGCCCAGGGUAUCUUCAUUGAGAAACGUGUGGUACAGAACUGCUCCCUUAUUGCGAGCGCAUUGACCAUCUCGAACAUCCAGCCGGGCUUUACCGGCAACUGGGAAUGCCAGGUCAGGACGAGCCGAGGAAACACCACCAGGACGGUCCACAUCGUGGUGCUGGAGAGUUCUGCCAAAUAUUGUGCCCCUGAACGCGUCUCUAACAACAAGGGAGAGUUCAGGUGGCCUCGCACCCUGGCCGGAAUCCGAGCCUUCCUCCCUUGCAACAGGUUGCAGUCAAGCGCAGGUAGCUACUCUGGUGGGUCCAACGAGGAGCAGCGGGCUUGGCGCUACUGUAACCGCAACGGUUUGUGGACUGAGGAUGAUUAUUCACGGUGCCAGUUCCAAAAGGAUGUCACCAGAUUCCUCUAUGUGAUCAACCAGAUGCCUUUGAAUGAAAGCAACGUGGUCCCCAGAGCUCGCCGCCUCCUCGUCUAUACCAUCGACGCCGCCAACUUCUCAGACAAGAUGGACAUCAUCUUUGUGGCGGAGAUGAUCGAAAAGUUCAGCAAGUUUGUGGAGAAGUUUAAGGACCUGGGUGAGGUGAUGGUGAGCAUGGCCAGUAACCUGAUGCUGGCAGAGGAGCGGGUGUUGUGGAUGGCACAGCGUGAGGCUGUGGCAUGCUCGCGUAUCAUCGCUUGUCUGCAGAAAAUAGCAGUCCACCGUCUGGCAUCGGCGCAAGCCUUCUCCCUGACAUCCCCCAAUAUAGCGCUGGAGGCCCACGCGGUCAAGGCCAACGAGUGGAACGGCAUGACCUGCAUGAUGUUUCAGAGGCCCACCCCAGAACGGACCCCCGGGCAUGACCGGCAGCUCACAUUUAAAUGCAAUACCACCGGCUCCUUCUCCAGCAUCCUCCACAAGAGCACCACGGUGGAGGCGUCCCUGCAGCUCCCUCAGUCACUCAUCACCCAGGCUGCGCUGCUUCCCGGGCAGGUAGAGGACACGGUCUACAGGCUACACCUCCUGGGCUUUCGCAAUGGCAAAUUCUUCCCUUCAUCGGGCAACACCUCCCAGCUGGCGGAUAGUGGAAAGCGAAGGAGCGUGGCCACCCCAGUCAUUAUGGCCAAGAUAGAUGGCAUUUCCAUGCGUAUGCUGCGAACGCCAGUGAAUGUGACUCUGCGGCGCUUCGCCAGGGGCUCUGACGCCUUAUCCGCCUGCUGGAACUUCAGCAUGGCGGGCGGCCAGGGGGGCUGGCAGAGCGACGGUUGCCGCAUUUUGGGCCAACAUGACAACUUCACCACCAUAUCCUGCAACUCGCUGGGCAAUUACGGGCUGCUCAUGGACCUCAGCGCUGUAGACUAUUUCACUCCCAGCAUUCAGCCGCUGCAUCCAGUCAUCUACGCCACCGCCAUCGUGCUGCUCUUCUGUCUGUUGACGAUCAUUGUUAGCUACAUCUACCACCACAAGUCCGUCCGCGUCAGCCGCAAGUGUUGGCACAUGCUAGUGAACCUCUGUUUACACAUCUCCCUAACGUGCGCCGUAUUUGUGGGCGGCAUCAAUCAGACCCAACAUCCAAGUGUUUGCCAAGCAGUGGGAAUUUUACUGCACUAUUCCACACUGGCGACCGCUCUUUGGGUAGGCGUGACGGCGCGUAAUAUCUACAAGCAGGUGACUCGCAAAGCCAAGUGUCAGGAGGAGCUGGACGAGCCACCGCCGCCGCCACGCCCCAUGUUAAGGUUCUACUUAAUUGGCGGAGGGAUACCUACUAUAGUCUGUGGCAUCACGGCGGCAGCUAACAUCAAGAACUAUGGCAGCCAGAUUAAUGCACCUUAUUGCUGGAUGGCGUGGGAGCCCAGCAUUGGCGCUUUUUACGGCCCGAUGGGCUUCAUCGUCUUUGUGGACUGUAUGUACUUCCUCAGCAUCCUGCUCCAGCUGCACCGCCACCCAGAGCGCCGCUACGAGUUCAAGGAGCUGGCAGAGGAGGAGCAGCAUCUUGCUUCGGCAGUAGCGGGCUUGCAGCGCGUGGAGGCGUCGUCUCUUGUGUCCCGGGUGGCACCCCUGGUGGCGCUGGAGAACGAGCACACCUUUGGUGCUCAGCUGACAGGGGCGGCGGUGGCGUUGGGACUCUAUGCUGGCCUCUGGGUGUUCGGUGCCAUGGCUGUAUCGCGGGACCACCCAUUCGAUUUGGCAUUCACCUGCCUGUUUGGUUCGACAGCGCUGGCCCUCGGCGCUUUCAUGGUGGCGCAACACUGCGUCAACAGGCAGGACAUGAGGCGCUACUGGUCGCAGGUGUGCUGCACCGGGAGACACAGCUACUCCGUGCAGGAUGACGCUCUUUUACCUCAGCCUGGCGUGGCCUUGGCGUCCACCGCUGGAUCCGCUAAGACGGACGUGGAGUCGUCAAACAAGGGCGCCCACAGCAGCGCAGACUCCUCCUACACUAAUAAGACUGUGCCAGAUGUGCGCAACUCGGCUCAGGGAAGCAAGCUAACCAAUCUGCAUGCCGAGGCCGCUCAAUGCAAGCCUGUCUCUGCCCCCGUGGCAUCCAACGGGGCUGCCAUUUUGGACAACAGCCUCACGGAACACUCGGUGGACAAUGAAAUCAAAAUGCACAUCGCUCCGGUGGAGGUGCAGUUCCGCCCGAUGAACAAUGACUCAGCUGCUGCCCAGGCUGUCAACGGGCAAGGCUGCAGGCACCACAAAAACCGAAGCCGAGCGCACCGGGCGAGCCGCUUGACGGUGCUGCGGGAAUACUCCUAUGACGUCCCCACCAGUGUGGACGGCAGCGUCCAGAGUGCCCCCCAUAGGCGGCACCACUAUUAUGACGUAGCAGCGCGCAACAGCCGCCGCGCGGCAUACAUGGCCUACAGGGAGCGCCACCAAAGUCAGAUGCAGCACGACAGCAGCGACAGCGCCAGCUUGCCGCGACGAUCACGCCGUGCCGACAAACCAGCUGCAGUUACUGCAGAGGUGGCGCCCAUGGGGUCCAGCUCCGGUAAAGACUCUAGUGCUGCAAUUCGACCUGGCAACACCGAACUAGAAGCGACUAAGUCGUACGGGCUCAACCUUAUCACGCAAAAUGGUGGCCCGAUGAAAGAGAACGGGCAAGCUGUACCAUUAAUUUGCACCGAGAGUACCCCCCGUGUCAAAACUGGCUUGUGGAAACAUGAAACUACCGUGUAGCAACAGUUUCCAUCCCAAAGACGCUGAUUUUUAAACUGUGAAAUGUCUUUUUGUUGUUGUUUUUUUAUCACUCACAAUCUACAGAAGGUGUGCCAAUGUGAUGACCACUGAUCCGAUGUAUUUUUUUAUCCCAUUUGAGAGGCUCAUAACUUUGUCCCAAAAACAGCAAGAAUAAAAACGUAUUGCAAGAUUUGGUGUCCUGUCAUAUAGACUAUCUCUGAUUGACUGACUAAAGUAGUUUUUCUUUUUAAAGUGGAUCAACGUGACAUAGUGUCUU